CUGAAGGAGACACACCAAGAGCAACAACAGAUAAAGACACACCAAGAGACAUCAAAGUCAAGAAGAUCUGGUGAAGCUACACCCAACAGGAGCACAAGAGUAACGACCUGUUGAAGUCAUGGGGAGAGAAAACAUCCUAUCCUUUGCUUUGCUGUGUGUCUUCCAUGAUUGGACUCUGGGUGUGGAAUCAAAGAUGAUUCAUCCCCGACUGAAUCGUCGUAAUCUCGACCCAAUACAGCUUGACAUGGCCCCUGACUCUAUCGAUGACUCCUAUGAGGGCUGCAGGGAGAAUAUGCUCUCUGAGGUGAAAAAAACCUUCCUACCAAAUGAGAAAAAUAUUGACAGCAAAUUCAAAGGCGCUUGGGAAGAUGCUAUGAAGGUGUAUGACAACAACUAUAACUCUAACAAUGAACUGUCUAAUGACCAUUUAAGGGCAAUUCAUGUGUAUGUGAAUACAGGAAAGAGCAUUUUCGAGUCAUUCAAUGAGGCCACUCGUACCCUAGGGAAGCGCUACAAGACCGAUUACAAGUAUCACUCCUUGCAUUUCCUGUUGUCUGAUGCCUUACGUAUUCUUAAUAAAGCCCAGGGGAAAAAGUGUGAAAAAACCUUUCGUGGAAGCACUCGAGCUUUCCAAGGAGAAAAAGGUCACACCAUGCGAUUUGGCCAAUUUGCUUCAUCAUCUACCGACGAGCUUGUGGCUAAAUUUUUUGCAGAUUGGAAGACAUGUUUUAAGAUCACUACCUGUUUUGGUGCUUCCCUGGCAGGUUUAUCUCAAUUGAAUGAUGAACAAGAGGUGUUGAUUCCCCCAUAUGAGGUUUUCAAAAUUGCUGAGGUGACCAAGAAUAAAGUAUUGGAAGAUAAGGACAAAGAUGAUAAGAGUGAAUGUGAGAUUGUCUACGAACUAGAGAGCACAAAAACAACCCAAAGUCAAUUGAAUUGCAAUAUUGUCGAAAAAGACAAAAAAUAAACAAACCCUGUAACAUCAUGUAACACCUGACAUUUGUGACAUGUGAAUGUCUUGGUGUUAAGGGAUUUUUUAUCAAUAAUGACUAAUUAUGUAUACAUUUCAAUCAGGACUGACUAAUCAGAAUUCUAUUAUGUUACUGUAUAGAUGUAUGAAUUUUCUUUAAUCCUAGUACUGAAUAUAAUGUGUGUAAAUAUAAUCAAGAAUUAGAACAAUGACUGUCUGUUCCUUGGUAGAAAUUAAUGAACUUAUCGUCAGACUGGCUAGGAUGCUUAUCUACACAGGAAGACCGUGGCUUGGUCAUAAAUUAUCUAAAUUGGUGAGAGACGAUGUAGGAAGGCUUGAGAUAUUGCCUUUGUACCAGGGUGAAGAAGAGACGGGACAGUUUCGAAAACUAAUGACAUCAUUUACAGUUUAUAACCUGUGGUAAAUUGUAUCAUGUUCAGUACUCUCGAGAAUAAACGCUAGUGCUUGACUUGUCUCCGCCCAUUUUAUGCAAAUAAGUUUCUUACAAAUCCUUAGAAAUGGGCUGAGUGUAUUAAUUGAAUUGGGUAUUAAACAUAUAGGAAUUGAAUUCCUCUAACACUUGGUCAAGGUCCACUUCCUUGUAGACGUUGCAUUGCAUCAACCAAUGGUCGGUUCCCACUAUGGCC